AUGAAAAUGAUCGGUGUUUCGGCUCCGCUCUUAUUUUUGCUUCCAGUAUGGUUGAAGGCAUUUUCAACUAUUUGGGAAUAUCCGACAGAGCAAUGUCACAAGAAAAAUGGAACAACCUACAUAGAUUUUAAGAAAUACAACAUUACAACGAAUUCAAAUUUUAAAUUCAAUGGAGACCAAAUUGUGAUAUUCUACGAAGAUACGUUUGGACUCUAUCCAUACUACGAAAAUUACAGCAUGGACCACCCUGUCAAUGGAGGCCUACCACAGAAAUGCGAUUUGAAAGCUCAUCUGAAAAAGGCAAAAGAGGAUAUUAAAACGAACAUUCCUGAUGAGAACUUCAGUGGCUUGGCUAUAAUUGACUUUGAAAGAUGGCGACCCCUUUUUUCCGAAAAUGACUAUAUGAAGAAACGAGUAUUCCAAAAUGAAUCGAUCCGUAUGCAUAGCGGAACUCUCAACGGAACGAAUAUAAGCGAUGAUGAUUAUCGUGAUUAUUAUAGCAAGGCAGAAGUCGAGUUUAACCAUCAUGCCAAAAUGGCCUUCAUAUUUCAAGCAAGUCAAGCAUUAUUUCCGUCCGUGUAUUUGGGCAGCAGCACCAAAACACAGAAACCACUUCAGCGUUUUCGCUACGUACAGGCCGUGCUACGCGAAACAAGAAGGAUUUCAAAAAGACAUAAACAACUUCCUAUCUAUGCUUAUACCAAGUUCGAGUAUGAUCAAAUAGGCGUAACAUCAGACUUUUACGACGUGCAUGAUUUGUGUGCUGGCAUUGCACAGCCGAUAUUUCUCGGAGUUGACGGAUUGAUUCUGUGGAGCAGUAGUAGUCACAUGGCGGCUCGAUGCAUAGGAAUCAAAGAGGAAGUAAAUAAAAGAGUUGGGCCCCUGAUAAGUAAACUUACGGAAGCACGCAUUAAGUGCUCAGAAGAAUUGUGCAAUAGCACGGGAAGAUGCAUUCGAAGAGGAUUCAAAAACCAAUGGUGCCCCAUGCCCAAACUCAAAGUCUGGGAAUAUGAGUAUAAUAAAGAUGAAUAUGCAUGCGAGUGCAUAAGAGAAUACAAAUUUCCAAAUUGUAUAAAAGUAGAAAAUGGACCUGCACCCAAGAAAUAA